AUGACACUUAGAUUAGAAAAUAUUAUUAGAGUAAAGACAUCUGAGUGGAAAGAAUGUUUAACAGAGAUUGGGGAAGCUUGUGCAGUCAAGUGGGUCAUUUGCAAUACCAAUAAGCAACCCACUAACAUUACUACUGAAGAAGCCAAAGCAACUGGUAUUAAGUUAUGUUUUUCUCAGGAGUAUUCCUGUCAUCGUUGGGGAACCUAUGAAUCUAAGGCAGCUUCGUGUGUGGUUCAAAAGCAAACAAAGAAAAACAAGUGUCCUGCUCUUCUUUGUGUGAAUGGAUUCUUUAAGACACCCGAGUUUUACGAAUUUGUUGUUACAAAAGAUUAUGCAGAGCAUACUCCUGGUGAUAUGCGUAGUGACAUUUGCACCCUUCCUCUUGCAAAGAAAUAUCUUUACAAGUUGGCUCAGCAAUUAGAACAGCCGUCAAAAUCUGCUAGUCAAAUUAGAAUUGAUAUGUUGAGAGCUGUAGAUCAAUAUGGUAGAAAGUCUGAAAGAAAAGUUAACUAUUAUGAUAUCUGGAAUUUGAUGAACAAAAUCAAUAAAAAGCUAUAUUAUUUUGACAGGGACCAAAUGACUUCUUUCUUAAUCUGGAUGAACAACAAACUUCCUACCUUAAACUUCAACAUCUUUAAGGCAAUCACUUCAUAUUCUCCAGAUCCAUCAGCCUUUGCAUAUGGUUUUAUGUCACCCGUUCAGCAAGAAAAAAUGAAAACCACAACUUCUUUCUGUUUGGAUGCUACUCAUGCAAUCUCUAGCAACGUGAAUGAGAUUCUUUAUACCCUUUUGGUGCGUGAUAAAGAUAUUGUUAGAGGAUGGCCUGUUGCCUUUAUGGUAACCAAUGAUCGAAGUGUAAGCCCCAUUAUACAGUGGCUGCAGUUCUUGAAGAGAUCUUUUUUGCUUGUUGACCCAAAGCAAUUUACUAUUUAUUGUUGUGCAGCAGAAGUUCACGCCAUUCAGACAACUUUUUCUGCAACAUCCAUUCAAUUUUACAUCUUUCAUGUAAUCCAAGCAUGGAACCAAAAGUUAUCUGACAGUGUGAAGAUUCCUGGAUCCUUACCAUCUGAGGCACGAAUUUUAUGUGGUGUGAUGAUGAAGUCUCUGCAAGAGAUUAUUUAUGAAGAAGACAUAGACGUGUUUCAUCAUAAAAUUAUAUAG